AUGUCCACCACAUCCAACGCCUAUGGCGAUGCCUCCAACGAGACGGUGGAUACGAAGACGAAGGAGUACAAGAUCCACCCGUUCUACCGCUCUGGCAAUGUCCACUUUAUCACCACAGAUGAUGUGAUUUUCUCUUGCGACAUUGACCGCCUCGCAGAGAUGAGCUCCUUCUUCCGCGACCUCAGCGAGAUCCCGCAGCCCCCUGGCAAGAAAGCCACGACAACCCAAAUGUCGGGCCAAGACCUCCACGAUCAGCUCGCGCAGCUGUCAACCGAAGAACAGGGAGACAUCGCCACACACACCGACGGCGCCGUCAUCUUUCCCGAAUGUGGCUCGGACGUGCUCGAGCCGUGGUUAAAUCUCAUUCUGCUUGCGGGAUGA